AUGGCUGCCAUGCUGCAAGCGAUCGGAGUAGCAUCACCUUCAGUUGCCUUCUCGGAUCACUACAAUAAAUCCUCUGUUUCGUCUAUUCGAUCUUUCCCAGUCAUCAGAUCUGGUUUGAGGUCCAUUUCGGGUUCUGGUCAUGGAAGCUUCAAGCCAGGAAAGGUUAUUACCAAAGCAACUGCGACACAGACCGAGAAAUCUGCUUCCACAACUUCAAAACCUGGGCACGAGCUCUUGCUGUUUGAAGCCCUUAGAGAAGGGCUAGAGGAAGAAAUGGAUAGAGAUCCCAGGGUCUGUGUCUUUGGUGAAGAUGUUGGCCAUUAUGGAGGUUCAUACAAGGUUACCAAGGGACUUGCUGAGAAAUAUGGAGAUCUCAGAGUGCUCGAUACACCAAUUGCUGAAAAUUCUUUUACAGGCAUGGGUGUAGGGGCAGCUAUGACUGGUCUAAGACCAGUUAUUGAGGGCAUGAACAUGGGAUUUCUUCUAUUGGCUUUCAACCAAAUAUCUGAUAACUGUGGCAUGUUACACUAUACCUCAGGUGGGCAGUUCACUAUUCCAACAGUUAUUCGAGGACCAGGAGGGGUUGGACGCCAACUUGGGGCAGAACAUUCGCAGAGGCUCGAGUCUUAUUUUCAGUCAAUUCCCGGGAUCCAGCUUGUCGCCUGUUCAACUGUUUAUAAUGCAAAGGGUUUGAUGAAGGCUGCCAUCCGUAGUGAGAAUCCUGUUGUCCUUUUCGAACAUGUGCUUCUUUACAACCUUAAGGAGAGAAUUCCUGAUGAAGAAUAUGUAUUGUCACUGGAAGAGGCAGAAAUGGUGAGGCCUGGGGAACACAUUACAAUCUUAACAUACUCCCGGAUGAGGUACCAUGUCAUGCAAGCUGCCAAGACUCUUGUCAACAAAGGUUAUGAUCCUGAGGUCAUUGAUAUUAGGUCUUUGAAACCAUUUGAUCUCUACACAAUUGGAAAUUCUGUGAAGAAAACUCACCGGGUGCUUAUAGUUGAAGAGUGCAUGCGGACAGGCGGCAUUGGGGCCAGUCUUACAGCAGCAAUAAAUGAGAAUUUCCAUGAUUAUUUGGAUGCACCAAUUGUUUGUCUCUCCUCACAGGAUGUGCCAACUCCUUAUGCUGGGACAUUGGAGGAAUGGACUGUGGUUCAACCAGCACAGAUUGUUGCUGCUGUCGAGCAGCUCUGUCAGUAA